AUGGAGCUAACGGCAGCCGCCCUCCUGUUCCUCUCACUCGUUUCACUAGCGAUCCUUUUGUCCUUAGUUGGCCGUAAAUCCAAAGCCGCAGCAAGGCCUCCUGGUCCAUGGAGCCUCCCGUUCAUCGGAAGCCUACACCACCUCCUCACGCCAUUGCCGCACGUCGCUCUCCGUGACCUGGCCAACAAGCACGGCCCGGUGAUGUACCUGAGGCUGGGCCAGGUGGACGCCGUCGUCAUCUCCUCGCCGGCGGCUGCGCAGGAGGUCCUCCGGGACAAGGACCUCAGCUUCGCGUCGCGCCCCAGCAUCCUGGCCUCGGAGAUCUGCCUGUACGGGAACCUGGACGUCGCCUUCGCGCCCUACGGCGCGUACUGGCGGACCAUGCGCAGGCUCUGCACGACGGAGCUCCUCAGCGCGCGCAAGGUCCGGCAGUUCGCGCCCGUCAGGGGUGGCGAGAUCCUGCGCCUCGUCGACACGAUCCGCUCUGCCGGCCGAGGUGGCGAGGCGGUUAAUCUCGGAAGCCUGGUGAUGUCGUGCACGAACACGAUCACGGCGAAGGUGGCGUUCGGCGAGGGGUGCGCCGGGGAGCUGCAGGCGCAGUUCCUUUCGGCGAUCGAGGUGAUUCUGAGGAGCAGCGGGGGCCUCUGCGUCGGGGACCUCUUCCCGUCUCUGUCGUUCGUCGACGUCGUCAGUGGGAUGAAGCGCCGGCUCUCGCGAGCGCGCCGGCAGCUCGACACGGUCCUUGACAAGAUCAUCGCGGAGUGCGAGGCGCGGCGAGAGCAGAACAAGAAGGGAGACGAGGAGGACCUUUUGAGAGUCUUGCUUCGGAUCAGGGAUGAGGGGCAGCUCGAGGUCCCCAUGGGCACCACAAACAUCAAGGCAGUCAUAGCGGAUAUGUUCGCUGGAGGGACGGAGACGACUGCAUCAACCACCGAGUGGGUCAUGUCGGAGCUCAUAAGGAACCCAAGCGCAAUGGCCAAGGCGCAGAAGGAGGUGCGGUGUGCAUUCAACCACAAGAACCCAGAAGACCAUGAGGCUCACAUGGAAGAGCUAUGCUACACAAAGAUGGUAGUCAAGGAGGCCAUGAGGCUUCACCCGGUGGUUCCGCUCUUGCUCCCCCGUGUCUGCAGGGAGACCUGCGACGUCCGCGGGCUCAGGGUCGAGGAGGGCACUCGCGUCUUCGUCAAUGCAUGGGCGAUGGCGAGGAGCCCCGAGUACUGGCAGGAUGCAGAGGAGUUCAGGCCAGAGAGGUUCGAGGACAACGCGGCGGACUACAAAGGUACACAGCUAGAGUACCUGCCAUUUGGAAGUGGAAGGAGGAUGUGUCCUGGGAACAUCUUUGCAUUGGCCUUGGUAGAACUCGUCGUGGCACGACUUCUAUACUACUUCGACUGGAGCCUCCCUGCCGGAAUGCGGCCGGAUGAGCUGGACAUGGACACCGUUGUAGGCUUGACGGCAAAGAGAAGCAACCAUCUACUCUUGGUGGCGUCACCAUAUAAUGUGCCGAUCCAUAAGGAGAUUGAUGACUGCAAAGCUCAUUGA